AUGUUUGAAGCGAUUAUAGCUUCAUUACUAAAAGGCUAUGUUGCUCGUUAUGUUGAUAUAAAUGCCGAUCAAUUAUCAGUUCAAUUACUUUAUGGUCGACCAAUUGUUGUGGAAAAUUUAACAUUUAAUAAAGAAACACUUAAUAAUGAUAUACGAAAAAAAUUAAAAUUACCUAUUGAAAUUGAAUCAUUACAUGUUGGUAAAAUUCAAUGUUCAUUUGUAUGGAGUUCAUUAUUUUUUCGUUCAUCAUCACCAGUAUUAACAAUUCUAGUUGAACAUGUUCGUGCUAUAAUAAAACCAAUUAUACUUGAUGAUAAUGAAAAUCAAAAUGAAGAAUUUAUUGAAGAAAAUGAAAUAGUUAGAAAACAAAAUCAUUUAGAUUUAUCUGAACAACAAUUAGAAAAAGAAUUUGAAUAUCUCGGCGAAGUUAAAUCAUCAGCAUGGAGUUUAAAACGUUUAAUAUUAUCAUUUUUAGAAAAACUUCAAGUACAUAUUAUUGAUGUACAUAUUAGUUAUGAAAGUUUUACAUCUGAUAAUAAUCCAUAUACAGUUGGAUUAUCAUUUGAUGAUAUACAAAUAUCAAAUGAAUUAUCAAAUGAAAAUAUGAAUAGAAAAAUAUUUCAAAUACAUAAUCUUGCACUUUAUAUUGAUUCAAAUACAAAUAAAGAUAAUUCAUUAAAUCAUUCAUAUAUUCUUAUACCAUCAAAUUCAAUAAAAAUUUAUUUAACACAUAAUUAUAUACGUUCAGCAUUAAUUAAUCGACAACAACCACGUUAUGAACUUGAAUGGACAUUUAAUGAUUUAAGUUUAAAAUCAAGUAUUGAACAAAUACGUAUUUUAUCAGAUGUUAUACGUUUUAUUCAUUAUGCUAAUACACAUAGAAGAUUUAUUAAUGAUCCAAGUAGACCAAAUAAAAAAAUAUCAAAACAUACAGCAAAAUUAUGGUGGCGUUAUAUAACAUUAGUUAUAAUACGUACACAAAAUUAUUUAAAAAUUCCUAUAUCAAAUGAACAAACACAUACAACAACAAAUUUUUGGUUUAAUUCAAUUUUAUUAAAUAAACGUUUAAAACAAUUAGUAACAUAUAAACGUUUAUAUCGUUUAUAUCUUGAUAAUAAAUAUUUAAAACGUACAAUAACAAAUUCUUUUACACCAACAGAUCGUUUAACUAUGAAUGAAAUUGAAAUGGAAUUUGAUCUUGCUUGUUUAAUUAGAAUUCGUCGAGUUAUAUUUCAUAAACGUGCUAAUGAACAAUUUUCUUUAGUUAAUAAUAAUAAUAAUAAUAAAAAACAACAAUCAACAAAUAUUGAAUCAACAAGUUCAUGGUAUAUGAGUUAUGCAAAAUGGAUUAGUUCAAAAACAGUUGAUUUAUGGAAAACAACAACACCAACAGAUACUAAUCAAGCAAUUAUUGCAACUACAACAUCAAACAUACCAUUAAAUGAAAAUGAUAAAAAAUUACAAGAACAAGUUAAUACAUUUAUAGCACAAUCAUUAGAAGAUGAAGAUUUAUCACAAAAACGUAGAGAUGCUUUAUAUUUACGUUUAAAAUUUGUUGUAAAAUCUAUACAAAUUGAUUUAUUAUCUGAUAGUAAUAUUAUUUUUUGUUUUUCAUUAAAUAAUGUAUCAGUAUUAACAGAAUUAAGACCAAGAUAUCAAUCUGUACUAUUUUAUUUACGAUUAGAUGAUUUAAAUAUAUGUGAUCGUUUAAGAACAGAUGCAUUUUCAAAUAUUGUUUGUCCUAAACAACGAUCACACGAAACAUCGAUUGGUGCACAACGUGCUCCUGUCUUAGAAUUUUCAUAUGAAACAAAUCCUCCAGUACAACAACCAAAAACCAAACGUCUUUCCUUUACACUUGCUGUUCGUAGUCGUGGUCUUUGUUUUGUUUGUUGUCCAAUAUCUUUUGAACGUUUACGUGAUUUUUUCUCAUCAGCAUUCAUUGAACCAUUUUCCACACCAACAUCAUCAUCAUCAACAAUUCUUCAACAUUGGACACAUUUAAAAGAUCGUACAACAAAACAAUUAAAAUCAGCAUUUGAACAAAUAUUUUCUCGUACAACAACUAAAAUGAGUUCAUCAAAUGUUAAAACUAUCAAACAAGGUCAAAGACGAUUUAAAAAAAAAUUUCAUAUCUAUCUUGAUAUUUGUGCACCACAAAUGAUUAUUCCACAAUCAUCAUAUCGUGCAUUAAUUAUUGAUUUUGGUUAUUUAACAUUUAUUAAUGAUGAAUAUAAAACAUCAUCAUGUCCAUUAAAAAAUUGUAAUAUGCAUAAUAAUACUACUAAUAAUAAUGAUUUAAAUUCUCCAUUAUCAAUAACAAAUUAUUUUCAAAAACGUCCAUAUUUUUUUAAUGAACAAUCAUCAUCAAUAAUUAAUGAAAAUGAUGAUGAAGAAUUUGUAACACCUGAUAGUUCACCAAUAGCAAAUGAUAAUUUACUUGAAAUUGAAACAACAAAUUAUCCUGUUAAUAUUAUUCCAAGAGAACACAAUAUAUCACCAAUAAAUGAUAAUGUAAAUUUAAUAUAUACAUCAUUUUCAUUAUCAUUAUGUGAUAUGCAAUUAGGUUAUUUAACAUAUACAGAUAAUCAAUCAAAAAAUAAUUUAUCAUCAAUUAUUGAAAAAUUUGGUGUUUGUUUUUUAAUACAAUAUCGAACAAUACAAACUUAUGAUUUAUUAUAUCCAUUAAUAAAAGUUUCAGGUACAUUACCUAAAAUAAUUCUACAUCUUGAUCCAUUACGUAUUGAAACAUUAUGUGGUACAAUUAAUAAUUGGGGUUCAUUUAUUGAAAAUUUAACAUCAACAAUUGUAUCAAAUCAAACUGAUAUAACAAAUGAUAAAAAUUCUAUUGAUGAUUUAAAUGCACGUUUAGCACUUAGUUUUUCAAUUAAUGAAAUAAGUAUACAAUUAAGUGAUGAUUUACGUGCAUUAUCAGAAAUACGUAUACAAAAUAUUGAUUUAACAUUAAUGAAUCAUAUUUAUUCAAAUAUAUUAUCAUUUAGUGUUCAUACAUUAAUGAUUGUUGAUGCUAUACAAAAUCAUGGUAAAGAUUAUGAAUUAUUAUUAACAAGUAAUCGUGCAUUAGAUAUAAAUACACAAACAGGUACAUUAUAUGAAUCAAAUAAAUUAUCAUCAAAUAUUGAUGAUGAAUAUUUAAUACGUAUUAAUAUACAAUCAAUAAAAGAUAUAAAUAAAAAUGAAAAUUGUUUAAUUAUUGAUAUACAUGUUAAUAAAUUACAUUUUGUAUUUAAUCCUGAAACAUUAUCAAUAUUAAUUAAUUUUAUUGUUAAUAUAAUUUAUUCAAUGAAAAAUAUAUUUCGAAAAAAUUUUAAAGAAGAAAAUAAAACUAAAUCAAUUAUUGAAAAAAAAUAUCAAACAAAAUUUCAAAUUAAUAGUGAAUUUCAAGAAUUAAGUAUUUUAGUUACAAAUGUUUUAACAAAAAAAUCAUCAGAAAAUAAAUUUAUUGGUAGUAAACUUGAAAAAAUAGCUACAGCUAGAAUUAAAUAUGCAUCAUUAAAUAUUUUUAUUGAAUCAUCAACAUUAGUUGAAGCUGAAAUAUGUUCAUUACAAAUAUUUAAUCUUUUACAUGAUUCAUUAUUCUUAAUGAAUAAUGAAGAAUCAAGUGCAAUUAUUAAUCUUGGUAUUGAAGAUAAAAAUAUUGAUACAAAAAAUAUUGAUCAUGAUGAAAUUUUACCAAGUAAAGCAUUUCAUCUUUUAUAUACACAAAAGAAUGAUAAUACAAAUAAUAAUAGCAAUAAUGAAAUUGAAGAUUUACUAAUUGAAAUGGCAUCAGUUUGUUAUACACAUUCACCAAAAAUUAUUUUUAAAAUUGAAAAAAUUUUUAAUUAUAUGGCUCAACAUUGUCAUUCAACAGCAGCUAUUGAAAUGGAAAAAAUGAAACAAAAUAUGAUCAAACAAGGAUCAAUCUUACUUAAUCAAUAUGUUCUUUCAACUGAAUCCGUUCUUCCAACAGAAAAACCAACACGUCAAUUAAAUUUAAAUAUUGUUCUUGCUACUCCAAUUCUUAUCUUUCGUCCUCAAUCAAAAUUACUUUUUACAAAUGAUCGUCUUAUUUUUCAUCUUGGUAAUAUUCAUAUUGAAAAUUCUGAAAAUCAUUCAUCAAAUUAUGAAAUUAAAAUCAAUGAUUUACAUUUAUUUUCUAUUGAUCUUGAUCAUGAAAAUCGUCAUAAUCAAGGAACAAAUUUAAUACAUAUGUAUAAAAAUCCUCAUUUAUCAUUACCUAUACUUGAUAAUUUAUCAAUACAUCUUAAUCUUAAUGUAACUGAUACAUCAACAACAAUUGAUUCAAAAUUAGUUUCAUCUGUACAAAUGUUUCUUGGUAAACAUCAAAUAACACUUUUACAAAAUAUAAUUAGUUCAUUAACUUAUAAUGAAAAUGAUCAAAUUGAUACAUUAAUUACAAAUCUAUCCGAUGAUGAAGCAUUAUUAUUAUUAUAUGAUCAAGAAGAAAAUAAUUUUCCAUUAAAUGAUAUAUCAUCACAAACACAAUUUAAUACAUUUGCAAUAAAUUUUCAAUUACCUGAAUUAAUACUUGUUUUUCAAGCUGAUUUAGAUUUAAAACCAACAAAAGUAUGUGAAGCUAUAUUUGGACAAUUUCAAAUGUCUAUUGAACAACGACAUCAAUUUUGUAAAAAUAUUUCACUUCAUCUUAAUUCUCUUCAUAUUAAUGAUCAUUUAAUUAAAGUUGAUCAAUGUCUUUUUUCAACACGUUGUCGAAACAAUUCAAUAUCAAAUUAUUUUUCAAAUGAUCAAAAGAUUUCAUCAUCAUUUCCAACAGAAAAUUAUGAUAUACAUAAAUAUUUCUCUUCAAAUUCAGUACCAACAUAUAUGGUUACAAAUGAAAGUUCAACAUUGACAUUAAAAUCAUUAUCAUCAUCAUCAAAUUCAAUAAGAACAACUCUAUCAUCAAUAUCAGCAUUUAUUGAUAUUAAUAUUACACUAAUGGAUAAAAGACAUGAACUAUUUGAUGGAUUUAAUAUAAAAGCUGAUGCACAAUUUGGAGAAGUUGAUAUUAAAUUUAUUAUUUCAACAUGGGUUAUGUUAUUUGAUAUUAUUGGUUUAAUUGGAGGAACAUCUUCGCCUACGAUGACAGAUAUUCGAGAAAAUAAAGAAUUUACUCCAACAUCAGAUACAGAUUCAAUGCAAAUAAAUAUUCAUAUCGAUGCAGUAUCAUGUCUACUUCAAGAUGAUCAUAUACCUCCUAUACGUAUUUCAUUACAACGUUUUGAUUGUCAAUUUGAAAAUUUUCUUACAAUUGAAAACGCAUUAAAAACUCUUAUUAUUAAUGGUAAACUUGGUUCCGUUUCAAUACAUGAUUUAUCAUCAUUUGGUGAAUUAUAUGAAGAACGUUUUUGUACAAGUGGUACAAAUGCACUUGUAUUUAAAUAUACAAAACAAGAAGAUCUUAUACCAAUAACAUCAUCAAAUUUUCCAUCACGUUUACAACUUUAUUUACGUAUGACAUCUGUACAAUAUAUUCAUACUCAACGUUUUUUAAUGGAUCUUAUUCAUUUUUUUGAUCUUUUUAAUCAUAAUCAAGAAUGUUAUAAUCGUAUACGAUCAGCAGCAGCUGGACAAAUAAUAUCAUGUUCAGCUGGACGAUCAACUGGUAUUGAACUUGAUAUUGAAGCUGAAAGUCCCAUACUUAUAUUACCUGAAUAUGCUUUAAGUAAACAUGUUAUUAUUCUUUAUCUUGGUAAUAUAAUAAUAAAAAAUCGUUUUCUAUAUGAAAAUGAACCAGGUACAUUAAGUUCAAUAAUGGAUAAACAAAAAAAUUCAACAUGUUUACUUGAUGUUAUAUCAAUACAAAUUCAAGAUACAUUACUUUAUUCAGCUAUAUAUUCAAAAUUAGAUUCAAAUAUAAAAUUUACUGUUAAAUUUUCAAAUUUUGGUUUUCAUACAAUACAUAAUGAUUUAUCAUCAAUGUUACGUGAACGUUGUUAUUUAAAUAUACAUAUUGAACGUAAUCUUGAUAGUUCAUUAAAUCAUUCAUCACCAACAUAUAGUAUUAAAGCUGAUUUAUCAUCAAUAGAUAUUCUUCUUGAUACAUAUCAAUAUUCACUUCUACGUGGUAUACUUGCAUAUAACAUAGGUGAACAAUUAGAACAACCAAUACGUUUAGCAAUGAUGAAUGAUGAUCCAUUAUGUGUAUCAACAAUAUUAACUGGUGAUGUUUAUCUUGAUUUAUUAUUUAUUAUACAAAUGGAUAAUGUUGGUUUUGAAAUAUUUAUACCAAAUGAAUUAAAACGUUAUUCAUUAGGUUAUUGUGCAUUUUUAAAAUCAAAUUUUUCAUUUGAAAAAUAUUCAAAUAAUAAUCAAAUACUUGAUUUAACAUGUACAUCAAUUAAAUUAAAUGAUACAAGAAAUGAAAAUAAUAAUCAAUUUCGUGAUAUACUUACAUCAUCAUCAACAAUGUUAACAAGUAAAAGUAAUAUGCAAUUAGAAAUACAUUUAUUUUCAACAAAAAAUGAUGAAAAAUAUACAAUUGUAUUAAAUCAUACAAGAAUAUUAUUUAUUAUUGAUUGGUUAUUUAAAUUAAAUGAUUUUCUUAAUUCAUUUCAACAGAUACCAAUACAAAUAAAUUCUAUAACAUCAUCAUCAGCAGCAGCAGCAGCAGCAUCAAUAAUUCAAACAAAAAAAAAUUUUGAAUUACGUUUAAAUGUUAAUCAAUCUGAACUUGUUCUUGUUCAAACAACAAAUAAUCAACAAUCAAAUGCACUUGUUUUAAGUGGUAUUAUGAUGUUAGCAUAUCGAGAAUCAAUACAUGAACAUCCAUUAGAUUGUAAUUUAUUUAAUGUUACUUUAUUUUCAUGUCAAAUGAAUAAUAUACAAUCAACAGCUGUAUCUAUUAUUGAACCAAUUAAUAUAACAUUUAAUAUACAUUUAUCAAAAAUUAAUAAUGAACAUAUAUUUGAAAUUAAUUUACCACAAUUAUUUAUACGUUUAUCAUAUUCAGAUGUUAAAUUAAUGUUAUAUAUGUUUGAAUCAAUAAAAAAACAAAUUAAUUAUGCACAAUCACGUGAUAUAAUACCAAAAUAUCGAAUAAAUCAAUUAAUAAAACGUUCAUCAAUUGAUAAUAAUAAUGAUUUUUUAAUAGAUUUAUUAUCUUCUGAAGAUAAUCAUAUUGAUUUACGUAUGAAUUCAAAUAUAUUAAUAAAUAUUGAAAAACAACAAAAUUUAAUUGAAGAUAAAAAUAAUGAAAAAACAUCAAAAUUAUUUUUAAAUAUUCAUUCAAUAAAAUUUUCAUGUGAACAAAUAUGUCUUUGUUUAAUUGAUGAUUGUCUUAAUGCAAAUAUUCCAUUAUUAAAUUUAAAUUUAACAUUAAUUAAAUUAAAUUUAAUUGAAUAUGAAACAUACAGUUUUUUACAAGCAGAUUUACAAUUAAAUAUUGAUUAUUAUAAUCGUUUAUUAUCUGGUUAUGAACCAUUUAUUGAAUUAUGGCCAUUACAAAUGCAAUUUAAAAAUUCUAAUACAAUAAAAUCAAUAUUAAUUUCUUCAAAUCAUUUAUUAAAUAUAAAUUAUACAAAAACAAUGCAUGAAUUAUUUGAUUUAGUUAAAAAUAAUUGGCUUGAAGAUUAUUAUAAUACGAAUGAUUUAAUUAAAGAAACAAUGUAUUUUCGUCGACCAAAACCAUUUGAACCAUAUUAUUUUAAAAAUCUUAUUGGACAACGUGUUAAAUUUCGUACAUGGUUAUCAUUACAACAACGUUUUGAUUUAAAUGAUCAUAUUGUUGAAUAUAAUGAAACAAAAUCAUUUAUAUUUCCAAUUGAAUCAUCAACAACAACAAAAAAAAAUUUCAAUAAUAAAGAAUUACAAACAUCAUCAUCAUCAUAUUCUGAUCGACGUUUAUUAAUAUCAAUCGAAGGUUGGGAAUGGUUACAACCCUUAUCAAUUGAUCGUGUUGGAACUUUUUUUCGACUUGCUACACCAUUAGGUGGUGAAUUAAAAAAACCUAUACUUGUUUUUAUUGAUGUUACAAUGACUGAUAGUUCAAUGCGUUUAAUAACAAUUCGAUCACCUAUUGAAAUACGUAAUCAAUUAUUAACAUCAAUUGAUAUUCGAUUAAAAUGUGGUUCAGGUUCAUUACAUGAUAUUCGUUUAGAACCAAAUGAAAUUCGUUCAUUACCAUUAGAAUUUUGUUCAGCAUUAAGACAAUUUCAAGUACGUCCAGCUGAUCUUACAUUUAAUUAUUGUGCUAUACCUAUUAAUUGGAUAGAAAUUGCUAAUGAACAAAGACAAAGAGGAAAACAAGAUGAUGAAAGUAAUGAUAAUACUUCGACAAUGGGAACAAAUUCCUUACAACGUCAUCGUGAUAUAAAUUCGACUGAUCGUCGAUCAUUUUUUCGUGCAUGUGCAAUAGUUACAAAUGAUAUAGUUUAUAAUGUAUGUAUACAAUCAAAACGAACUCGUUUAUUAGCAUAUAAAGAUCAAGUCCUAUCAUUAUAUCAAAUAUCUAUACUUUCACCAUUAAUUAUCAGUAAUUUACUUCCAUGUGAUUUAUUUUUUCAAAUAUAUCCAUAUACAUCAAAAGUUCGACUUAAUCCAUAUAAAUCACAUCGUGAACAUACAUUAAAUAUUAGUGAAGCUAUUGAUAUACUUUUUGCUACAGAUCUUUAUCACAUGACUAAACCAUUACAUGUACCAUCAAUAAAUGAUUUAAAUCUUAUGAGAUAUCAUCAUCAACGUAUAGGUUUUUAUGAUAGUAUUGAUCGAUUGUUAUUAGUCGAUGUUACAAUUGUUUGUUCUAUUCGACAUCGUCUAAAAAUAUCAGUUUCUGUUCCGUAUGUUUUACUCAAUAAGAGUGGUAUUCCAUUGAUUUUCAAACAAGAAGGUUCAUCGAAUGAAACAGCUGGUCAAACACAUGAACAUGAAUUAGCACGAAAUCGUGAACCAUUAUUAUUUUCAUUUAGUGAUCAAGAAGCUUUUCAUGCAUGUGUAAUGAAAGUUGGUUCAGGUUUACAUAAAAAUAAUGAUGGUCGUCCAAUAUGGUCACAACGUUUUACGUUAGAACAUGGUUCAAGUUAUCGUCAAUUACAUGUUCGUUCUCCUCAUGGCUCACCUGAUUGGAUUUAUUAUAUUGGUAUUGAUGUUCGUCAAGGCAAAGGACGUUUACGUCGAACAAAUUUCAUUUUUCUUAGUACACGAUAUAUGAUUAGUAAUCAAUGUUCAUAUGAUUUAUCCAUUGCUCAACGACAUAUUGUUCGAGCUAUGUUACAAACUGGUGAUCGUAGUGAUUUAGAACAAAAUUGUUUACAUGUAUUAAAACAUUCGAAUGUUGCUUAUCAUUGGCCAAGAAGUGAUCUUGAUCAAUUGUUAUGUGUUCGUGUUAUUAAUAAUCGUCAAUAUAAACAUGUUUAUUGGUCUGGUGGUAUUCCUAUUAAUCAUGUUAAUGCAUUUCAUAUUAAUAUAAGAUAUGAUAAUAAUCAAUGUUUAAUAUUAAGAGUCCAAGUAAUUGAACGUGGUGGUACAUUUUUUGUUGUUUUUAUGGAUUCGAAUCAAAUGCCUGCACCGCUUCGUAUUAAAAAUCUUUCUGAUGUUCCUAUACAAUUUUAUCAAAGUGAAACACGAGAAGAAUUAACUUAUUUACGUGCAUUUAUUCAACCACAUCAAUCAAUAGAUUAUGCUUGGGAUGAACCAACACUUCAACAAACAAUAACAUGUUCUGUUGUUGGUGGUACAAAAGAAACUUAUGAUUUACAAAAACUUGGUCAUGGAGAAAAUUUAUGUUAUGAAAAUCAUAUAUGUUUAGCAUUUGAACAAACAUUUAAUCAAGAACCAAAAAUACAAUAUCAAUCAAAAUAUUCAAUACAAAAAUCUAAAUCAAUUAAUGAUCGAAAUACAUUUCAAUUAUUAAAUCAACAACAACUUGUUAUUGAUUAUAUUCAAGGUAAAUUAAUACUUGCACAACGUGAAGAAAAUAAACGUUCACAAUUAUGGCGUAUGACAAGUAGUGGUUUAUUAGUACAUACAGGUUCAUCAUCACCACGUGAUUGGAAUAAUAAAAAUGUUCCAUCCGAUGAUAUUCGACAAUCAUUUGUCUUAGAUAUUGAAGAAACUUCAACAACUAAUUUAAAAAAUAUUCAUUCAAUGACACGUUCUAUACGUUUAACUAUUCGACGAUAUGAUCCUAAACGAAUAUUAACACAAACAUGGACAUUUAAAGAUGAUGGAUAUUUAUGUAUGGGUGAAACACAAAUGUGUGUACAAGUAUUAGGUGAAUUAAAAGAAAAAAAUGAAAUUUUACUUGGACCACGUCGUUUUAAUGAACAAGGUAUAAUACUUCCCCCAUUACCAACAAUGUAUAUUCGACCACGUCGACGCUUACAAGGUUCAGGUUUUUUAUCUGUACGAACAUAUGCUGAUGGACCAACACGUAUACUUGAAAUAGCUAAUGUUAAAACAAGUAAUUCAUUAGAUAAUCUCAAAUCAGAAACAUUGAUGCAAACAACAACUGAUAAUAUUCCAUUGAUGAAUUAUCAAUUUGAUCUUCGUCUUGCAAGUGGUAUUGGUGUAUCAAUAAUUAGUUCAAUGGGACGUGAAUCGGAAGAACUUAUUUUUAUGAUAUUUAAUGAUAUUAAUCUUGCAUAUAAAGAUGAUAAUAAUGAACAAUCUAUUGAUUGUACAAUUGGUACAAUAGUUAUUUCAAAUCAAUUAUUAAUGACAUCAACACCAUGUUUACUUUAUGCAACUUAUUUUGAAGAUGCAUCUAUACGAUCAGCUUUUCGUUUACAAGCAAGUUUACAAAAACCGACUGCUAAUUAUAAACAAUUGUAUAUAUUUCAUUAUUUAUUUAUUGGUUUAAAUUCUAUUACAAUUAAAAUUGAUGAAAUUCUUCUAUGGAAAUUAUUUGAUUUUUUUAAUAUUAAUUUUUCUUCAUCAUCAAAUGAUAAAACAUUAAAAAAUGAUGAUCAAACAUAUGAUUUAGAUGAAGGUGAAUAUGAUACACAACGUUUAUUAUCAUUAUUAACAUCAACACAAGCAACAAGAAUUUAUUUUUCAGAAUUAUCAAUAUCAUCUAUUGAUCUUGAUUUAAGUGUUUAUUGUAGUAAUUCACGUUCAUUACCAAUACAUUUAUUAACAAUAAAACGUCAUGCACCAUUUCCAUUAAUACGUUUUGAAAAUGCACCAAUACAUUUAAAAUCUUAUGAUCAAAUACAUAUAUUUAAUACAUAUGAUUUUUUUUUACUUGCACUUACAACACAUUAUGUUGAUGAACUUAAACGACAAGCAUUUAAAAUCUUAGGUAGUGUUGAUUUUCUUGGUAAUCCACUUGGAUUAUUUAAUGAUGUAACUGAUGGUUUUGCAAGUCUUGUUGAUCAUGGUAGUGUUACUGGUUUAGUUAAAAGUGUUGCACAUGGUGUAGCUGAUUCAACAUCAAAAUUUACAGGUACACUUUCAUAUGGACUUGGAAGACUUGCUCUAGAUGAAGAACAUGAUGAUAUGCGUGAAGCUAUUGCAAAUAAUUAUCGUGGUUCAUCUAUAGGUCAUGUUAUUGGUGGAACAGUAGGUUUAGCAGCUGGAUUUAUUGGUGGUUUAACAUCAAUUAUAACACAACCAUAUAAAAGUAUUGUUGAAGAUGGUGUUGGUGGUUUAAUGAAAGGCGUUGCUAAAGGUAUUGUUGGAACAGUAAGUAAACCAAUGGUUGGUAUACUUGAUUUUGCAAAUGGUUUAGCAUUAGCCGUUAAAGAAGGUUCACGUUCAUCAAAUUCAAUAAUUAAAAAUCGUAUAAGAACAACACGAUGUCCAACAAAUAUCUAUGGACUUUUACAAUCAUAUUCAACAUUUGAUGCUAAUGGUCAAUGUUUAUUAUAUCAAAUGAAUAAAGGAGAUUUAACAGAAAGAUAUAUUACACGAAUAAAUAUUUCACAAACACCUGCUAAUUCAUCAUCGAAAAGAAAAUUAGAUAAUAUUAAUAAUGAUGAAUAUGCAUCUGAUCAACGAAGUUGUUGUAUCCAUGUAAUGAUUACAUCUCAACGUGUAAUUAUCUAUCGAACAGACACUAAUCAAGAUGAAUCAGAUUAUGAAAUAACUGACAUAUAUGAUCUUAGUUCAAUUAUAAAUGCUCUUGUAAUAGAGGAUGAAAAUCGUCGACCAUAUAUAGAAUUUCUUCAUAAUCAACCUCAACGUUCGAGUAAAAUAACAGCAACAACAACAACAAGUGGAAAACCAUGUCAACGUUCUCUUCUUCGAUGUGAUUUACAUGAUCGAGCAAUGCGAUUAACUCGUGAUAUUCAACGAGCUAGAGAAAUUUUUGAAGAAGAAAAAUUUACAUAUAUCCCACCAGAUGAUGAAAAUAAUAAUAAUGAUGAUGAUGAUGAUAUUCCAAAUGAUCAACAACUCGAUGAAACAGUACAAAUGACUUGA